UUGAAAGGCGAAGGGUGAAAGGUGAACUGGAGUUGAGUUAUGAAAUAAAGCACAACCGUGAUUUGUUUGAUCUAAAGACUAGAGUAGAUAGUAUUUAUAAGUAGUCAACAAUCAGAAUGUACCGUUAGUUUGACGACAGACCAGCAGGACGAGUAAAGAUGGCGACAGAUAUAUUGUUCUUCAUACCUAAUAUUAUAGGUUAUAUAAGAAUAGGACUGGCGUUAAUAUCAUUUAUAUUGUGGAAUUAUCCAUUUUACUUCCUCUUGUUUUACUGUCUGUCUGUCUCCCUUGAUUGUGUAGAUGGUUACGCAGCCAGGAAAUUUCAACAAACAUCCAAAUUUGGUGCUUGGUUUGAUGUAAUUAUAGAUUUAUUGAGUCGAGGUUUUUUAUGGUGUGGAUUAAGUAAGUGGGGUUAUAUAAUCGUAAUGUUGGAAUGGAUGACAUUUGUUUCAACUCAUUCUAAAGGACCAAACUGGAAAGAAACAUCCAAAGAUUUUCCUGCUUUAGUUAAAAGUGUCAUGGCCGGAGGGUUCUACACACCACUAGGGAUGUUCAUAAUCUCAGGACUUCAUGUUUUACCGAUCUGGUUAUAUGGUCUACAGUCUGGAUAUUUGGAUAGUCUCAAUCUACCAGUCCUAAUACAGAUAAUGGUAGUACUUAUAUUAAUAGGUGGACGAGGUGUCUGUUGUAUCGUUGAGUUAUUUUACAAUAAAAAAUAUGUGGAGUUUUUACUUGAUGAAAAGACAGAAGAAGACGUGAAAUCCUGAUGAAAUAUGAUUUUAAUUAUUGUGAUAUCCGUAAUGAUGUGUGGUGUGUGUUGUUAAUGAUGUUUAUGUAUUGUUAAUGAUAAGAUUAUAUCAUCAGAUAGUAUUAAUAUUUUACUACAAUAAUUAAAUAUAAUAUAAUAUAAAUGGUAUUGAUAUUUUACUACCAUAAUUAA